AUGGAUGGUCAAUCGGAGCACACAAUAAAGGUUCUCGAGGAUAUGUUACAGGCUUGUGUAAUGGAUUUUGGAGGUAAGUGGGAUCAGUUCUUUCCCUUGGUAGAGUUUGCGUACAACAACAGCUACUACUCCAGUAAUCAUAUGGCCCCGUUUGAGGCCCUAUAUGGUAGGCAUUGUCACUCUCCAGAUAGGCUCAGGAUAGCUCAGAGUAGAGAUCAAAGCUAUACAGAUCAUAGGCGUCAGUCGUUGCGAUUUGUCGUUGGUGAUAUAGUAUUCCUCUAUGUAUCGCUUAUAAAGCGCAUCAUGAGAUUUGGGAGGCGAUUCAAGCUUAGCCUCAGGUAUAUUGGUCCUUUUAAGAUAUUGAGAACAGUUGGUGAGGUUGCAUAUGAGUUAGCCUUGCCGCCAGCCUUUUUAGCUAUUUAUCCAAUUUUCCAUAUUUUGAUGUUACGCUGGUAUAUUAUAGAUGAGUCCCAUGUGCUUCAGUAUGACGCGAUUGACUUAGAUGAUUAUUUGAGUUAUAUUGAGGAGCCAGUUGCUAUUUUGGCCAGAGAUGUCAGACAGUUGCAUUCCAGAGCCAUUCCUAUAGUUAAGGUCCAUUGGAGGCAUCGUCCAAUGGAGGAGUCUACUUGGGAGACCAAGUGUGAGAUGCGGGCAUGGUUCUCUGGCUUAUUUGAGCCUUCAGGCUUAUGGGAGUCCGAGAAGGUGGUUACUAUUUACUUAUACGCGAGCGUACCCUUCGGGUUUAUGGGAGCUCGAUAG